AUGGCCGAAUUCUUACCACUCCGGCAGAAGGCUCCCAUGAUGGUGGGGAUCAUGUGGAUGUUCCAGGUCAUCGCGUUUAUCCUCGUUGGCUUCCGCCUGUACACGCGUCUGGUCGUGAUGCACAUCUAUGGGAUCGACGAUCACUUCUUCAAUUUUGCAGUUUUCUGCCUACUCGUCUAUGUCAUACUCAUGACCGUAGCAGCACGUUAUGGGCUUGGUCAAGAAAUGACCAACCCUGCCUCCGAAGAGACAUCCCGAGCCCAGUUGCUCGUCAACGUCGGCCAGACUGUCACCUCCGUCGCCGCGAUAUCAAUCAAGAUAUCCAUCGCGUGCUUCCUGCUCCGCAUCGUCGGCGUCAACACGGCCCAAAAGGUCGCCAUCAUCAUCCCCGUGGCGCUGAUGUCGUUGUCGGUCUUCAUCGCGAUAUGGCUCAUCUGGUUCUCCUGCAAGCCUUUCUGGGCACCGCUGGUGAGCUUUGUGAUGAUCCUCGUUGUCGAGCUCUGGUACGCCUCUUUCCCUUGGUAUCUCAUACGCGGGCUGGAGAUGCCCAGGCGAGAGAAGAUCUUGAUAGGGACCAGCAUGAGCAUCUCUUACAUCUCCGCGGGCUGCAGUAUAGCCCGCUUACUCAACCUAUUACAGUUGGCAAAUGCAGCCGACGAUGAAUUCCUACUGACCAUCGUCGACGUCCUUAUCUGGCAUGCUGCAGACGUCACGACUCAAUUAUUUUGCAUCGGGGUCACUGUCUGUCGGCCACUCUACAAAAAUUGGCUGUACCGAGUAGCGGACCAUAUCGAGGGUCCCUCAAACACUGCUGGACACUUGGAGCAAGAUCCGACGUACGGAGCCCGCAAAGCGCCAGAGUUGAUUGCACUUCGCACGGUAGGUGGAAGCGAGGUGAAGCCGGUGAGCGAUGGUGCCACCUCAGACAGGCAACGCGGCAGGUCCAUGAGGAGGGAUCUAGUGUUCCAAAGCGAUGACCCGGGCAACGAGUUCAUCACUACGCCCAUGGCAAGGAUAUCCGAGGUCGAGAAAGGCAUUUGA